CCCCAGAGACUGGCUGGUGAGGAGAGAGUGAGGGGAGAGAGAGAGAGAGAGAGAGAGAGAGAGAGGGAUGGAUAGGGGAAAGAACUUUUGCAGGGAUGUGGUGCCAUUUUGGGCCAUCAUAGCCAUGAAUUUCACCACCGUCGGACUCCACACCUUGUUCAAGGCAGCCACCAACCACGGCAUGAGCUACCACGUCUUCAUCGUCUACGCCUACGGUGUGGCCGCCCUCGUCCUCCUCCCUUCCCCCUUCUUCUCCCUCCGAUCAACAGUGCUGCCUCCGCUCAACUUUUCACUCUCUUGUAAAAUCCUCCUGCUUGGGUUAAUCGGGUGUACAUCUCAGAUUAUGGGGUAUGCAGGGAUCAAUUACAGCUCUCCAGCACUUGGUUCAGCUUUCAGCAGCCUUAUCCCUGCUUUCACUUUCGUACUUGCUCUUCUUUUCAGGAUGGAAAAGCUUGCAAUCAGAAGCUCAAGCAGUCAAGCUAAAAUCAUAGGCACCGUAGUGUCGAUUUCGGGUGCAUUGGUAGUUACUCUAUAUAAAGGCCCGCCUAUCAUAUCGACUCUACCGGCUUCCAUUUCACUUCAUCGUCCUCUUGGCUCACCACACUCCGAUUGGGUAAUCGGAAGCCUUUUCCUCACAGUGGAGUUCAUGCUUGUACCGAUGUGGUAUAUUGUUCUGACGCAAAUAAUGAAAGAGUAUCCGGCUGAACUGACCGUAAUCUUCUUCUACAACUUGUGCGUUAGCGUUUUAGCAGCGAUUGUGGGCAUAUUUGCAGAACCAAACGCUAGUGCAUGGAGAAUCAGAGCCGAUAUAGGAUUGGUCUCGAUCUUAUGUUCUGGGAUUUUCGGGUCGUUCUUGGACAAUGCCGUCAACACAUGGGUGUUGAAAGUGAAGGGCCCCCUUUAUGUCGCGAUGUUUAAGCCAUUGUCGAUCGUUAUUGCAGUUGUCAUGGGCGUGUUGUUCCUCGGUGAUACUCUAUAUCUUGGAAGUAUCGUUGGAGCGGCAAUAAUAUCGGUUGGUUUUUAUACUGUGAUGUGGGGAAAAGCAAAGGAAGACGUGGAUGAGAGUGCUGAAAUUGGCGACCCAGAAUCCGCGUCUAACCCUAAAGUCCCUCUAUUGCAAAACUAUCUAACUCAAGAACCGCGGAGCUGAUAAAGUUGAAGUUGCACUAGAUAGUUUCACAAAAUCCGAUGAAUUGCUCAUGGUCAGGGCUCGGCAGUGGUUGAAAAGAGGGAAACAUGCUUCACAAUGGGUUUGUGCCUUGGCGAAUUCGGCUUAACCCAUCUAAAUGGAUGUGUAUAAUUAAAACUAUGCUUCGUAAUGGUAAGCUUGAUAAUAUUAAACGAAA